AUGGCCGGCUAUCAUCCAGUGCUCUUCUUCCUAAUUGCCGCCGUCGCAGCUGCAGAACUAGGCCUGACAGCCUAUCUCGUGCACGAUUAUGAGAACCGGGAGAGCGGAUAUCCAUCCUCGCGAUACCGGUCUCUCAUCAUCUUCAUCCUCUUCGAUGCCUGCUGGACUGUCCUCUUUGGUCUUGCCUAUCUCCUCUUCAUCGUUGGCGGUGCCCUCCACAUCCUUGCCAGGCACGUCCUCUUCAUUGCGUCGUCGGCCAUUUGGCUCAUCAUCACCGCCGUCCUUUGGGGUGUUGCUGCUGGCCUUUACAAGAACGAGCGUGGCGGUGGAAUGUGUGAAGGAGAAGCGGCCAUCUCGCGAUGCAGACAAACUCAAACCGUCGAGGCGCUCGCUUGGACCGAAAUGGGUCUCUGCAUCCUUACUCUUUUCGCUGCCUGCUUCUGGAUGCGUAGGAGCAAGCGCUCAUACCGCAACCCGUACUACGUCUGA